AUGCCCACAAAAAAGAAAAAAACAAGACAGAGUCCAGAAGAGGAAACCAAAGAUGUAGAGGACGAUGACUCAGAGGAUCAGGAACCAAAACCCAAGAAGAAAAGUAAGCAGGUGAGUGAGUCAGAGGAUGCCAGAAGAUUGAAGAAGAAGUUUAAAGACAACGAUGAAGAAGGAUACAAGUCUGACACAUCAGGGCCUGAUUUGAGGAGCACCAAGAAUAAAGGGAGAGCUAAAGAAAAGGUAAAAAAGACGAGGAAAGCCAAAGAGGAUAACAGGGAUGAGUGGAGCAAGUACUCUCAGAGCUCAGAAAAUGAGGAUAACAACAAUGACUCCUGGAGUAAAAAGAGAGCGAAACCUCCCGAUGUGAUUGAGACCACAAAAGCAUCAAAGAAGCCCUCUUUGAAAGACAAGAUGGGGUCAAAAAACAAAAAGUCCAAAGAUGAAGUCAAAAAAUCCAAGAAGGAUUCGGAGAAAGAGGAAGAACAGACAGCAGGGGAUGAAGAGGAAGGGAAAAAGAAAAAGAAAGAAAAGAAGAAGAAAGGUUCAGAGAAGGGAGAUAGUGAUGAGGACAACAAGAAGACAAAAGGGAAGAAGAAGAAGGUUGAAAAUUACAUUGAAAUCUAUGAGAAUGAGCUUCGCAACUACGAGCCAGAAGUGGAGAACUACGAGGACGAGUACCACAAAAAGAAAGUGUAUGAGGUGGUGACCAUCACGGGCGAUGUGGCAGGUGCAGGAACUGAUGCCAACGUGUUUGUGACACUAUUCGGAGAAUAUGGCAUCACUCCCAAAGUUCACCUGGCCAGCAACACUGAAAAAAGGAGUCGCACAGCAUUCGAGAAGGCUAAAACUGAUGUGUUCAGAAUCAGAACUCACAAUGUUGGAGCUUUGAAAAAGAUAAGGAUUGAGCAUGACAACACUGGCAUGAACGCCAGCUGGUUCCUGGACAGGGUGGUGGUGACGGACGUGAUCAGGCCUCACCUGAGGUUCUACUUUGCUUGUAACAACUGGCUCAGUAAGGUGUCAGGAGAUGGUCUUUAUAUCAGAGACCUGCUGGGUAGCAUGGAUCCCAUGGACAUGCCCAAAUAUAAUAAGUAUGCAGUGACUGUUUUCACCCCGGAUUUAAAAGGCAGUGGAACGGAUGCUGACGUCUUCAUCAAUAUCUUCGGGGAGCUUGGAGACACAGGUGAAAGGCGACUUGACAAUGACAAGAAUAACUUUGAAAAGGGCUCGGAGGACAAGUUCACCAUUGAGGCACCAAACUUGGGCAAAGUGAGGAAGAUUACAAUCGGUCAUAAUAACAAAGGCUCUUCAGCAGGAUGGUUUGCAGACAAGGUAAUUGUGGAUGAUAUGGGAAACAAAAUAGUUUACGAGUUUCCAAUCAAUCGUUGGUUUGCCCUGGAUGAGGAUGAUGGAAAGAUCCAGAGAGACAUUUUGGUUGGAGGGAGCCAGCCUACAGGUAUUGUGUACAACGUCCAGAUUGUGACAGGAUACAUCCGCGGUGCAGGGACCAACUCCAAUAUCCACAUUGUGAUGCACGGCACAAAAGGCAUUAAAAACAGUGGCAAGGUGUUUUUGGAGGGUGGAAAGUUUGAGCGAGGCCUUACAGAUAUCUUUAAUGUUGAGAUCGCUGCGCUCCUCAGUCCCCUCAGCAGAGUCACCAUCGGACACGACAAUGAUGGAGUCAGUUCUGGGUGGUUCUGCGAGAAGGUGGUGGUGUACUGUCCAUUCACAGGAAUAGAACAGACCUUCCCGUGUAGUAAGUGGCUGGAUGAGAAGGAGGGAGAUGGGCUUAUAGAGAGAGAGCUCUAUGAGAUGGUCUCACUCAGGCAGAAAAGACAGAAGAAGCACCCCUGGUCUUUGUGGAUCUGGACGUCAGACAUACCCGGUGCAGGAACAGAUGCAGCCAUCUCCUUCCAGGUUUAUGGUGAGAAGGGCAAGAGUGAUGAGAUGAGACUGGACAACAAGACAGACAAUUUUGAACAGGGACAAGUGGACAGGUUUAUAGUUGAGCUGUCUGAUUUAGGGACAUUGACCAAAUUGCGUAUCUGGCAUGAGAAGAGAAAUCCUUUUGCAGGAUGGCAUCUCAGUAAGGCAACUCUGAUGAAGACACUGACAAAGGAGAAGUACACGUUUCCCUGCGAGCGCUGGCUGGACACGAAUGAAGACGAUAAUGAGGUAGUGAGGGAGCUUGCUGCCACAGGACAGCAGGUCGCUGAACCGCUCCAUGUAUUGAUCAAAUACAGAGUGACAGUGUGCACGGGGAAUGUUGGCGGCAGCGGCACAGACGCAUCCGUUUUUCUGAAUCUCAUUGGAGACCGGGGGGACACCGGAGAUCGGCAGCUGGUCAACUGCAAAAACAACGUCAACAAGUUUGAAAAAGGAAAUCUGGAUGAGUUCUUAGUAGAGGCAGUAGCAAUCGGUCAGGUCUGCAGGGUGAGGAUUGGACACGACGGCAAAGGUGGAGGCUGCGGCUGGUUUCUUGAUAAAGUGGUCGUAAGAGAGGACGGACAGGCUGAGGCCCAAGCUGUGGAGUUUCCCUGCAACAGGUGGCUGGACCGCAAUGAGGAUGAUGGACAGAUUGUCAGAGAGUUAUUGCCAUUUGCAGAUGGGCAGCGUCUUUACAAUGUUGGCUAUCACAUUGCAGUGAAGACAGGUGACGUCCCUGGAGGCAGCUCAGACUCCGGCGUGUUUGUCAAGCUCUAUGGGGAGAAGGGCAACACCAGUAAGAUGUUGCUGGUGGUCUCUGCCAACAACCUUGGGAACUACUUUGAGACGGGUCGCAUUGACAUCUUCACAGUGGAAACCUUUGAUAUCGGACAGAUCAACCGUCUGAUGAUUGGCCACACAAAUGAAGGCAUGCGUGCAGGCUGGUUUUUGGACAGCGUUCAGAUCCUGGUUCCAGUCCAUGGAAAGCAGUACAUGUUCCCCAGUCACCGCUGGCUGGAUGAUUGUGAGGCUGACGGCAAGACAGAGGUGGAGAUUUACCCGAGCGAGAUCCUGGAGAUGGAACAAUUGAUUAACUACGAGGUUACAGUAGUGACAGGAGAUGUGAUGUUUGCUGGCACCAACGCCAAAGUGUUCAUUCAGAUCUACGGGGACAAGGGGAAGACAGAAGUCCUCACGCUGGAAAGCAGAUCCAACAACUAUGAAAGGAACACCACAGAAAUAUACAAGAUAGAGGCCAAAGAUGUGGGGAAGGUCUUCAAGAUCCGCAUUGGUCACGAUGGCUCAGGGAUCGGAUCUGGCUGGUUCCUAGAGACGGUGGACGUCAAACAUCUCAUCAUGGCCUUGAUGCCCAAGGAGAAGAAAAAGGAGGAUAAGAAGAAGAAGAAAAAAAAGAAGAAAGACGAGGAAGAUGAAGAAGAGGAGGGAGAAGAGGAGAUGCAGGAAGUGGUGCUGACUUACCAUUUCCCCUGCUCGCGCUGGCUGGCCGGGGGAGAGGAGGACGGCGAGCUGGUGGUGGAGCUGCUGUCUGAGGAUGCAGAGGAGCUGGAAGUCAACACCUACGAAGUGUGCGUCUUCACUGGGGACAUGCUGGGUGCUGGGACCGACUCCAAAGUCUUCAUUAAUAUUUAUGGAGAAAACGGAGACACGGGAGAGCGCUAUCUGAGGGACUCUGACAACAUCAACAAAUAUGAGCGAGGGCAGGAGGAUGUUUUCACUGUGGCAGCUGUCGAUCUGGGUCCUCUGAAGAAGCUACGAAUCCGACAUGACAACACUCAGUCUAAUUCAGCUUGGUAUCUGGAUCGGGUUGAGAUAGUUGACACAAAGGAUGAUACAACGUACUUUUUCCCGUGUAACCGCUGGCUGGCAGUGGAUGAGGACGAUGGACAAUUAGCAAGAGAGCUAGUACCUGUUGACGAGGCCUUUAUGAGAAGAGAGGAUGAUGAGGAGGGGACAGGCGCCACCCUGGGCCUCGAGCAGAAAUCCAUGUCUACUACUUACACUCUCAAAUUAAAAACUGGAGAAAAGAAGUACGCUGGGACUGAUGCCAACGUCUUUGCCAUCUUAUUUGGUGAAAAUGAUGACACAGGGAUAAUCAACCUUAAGGCUUGUAAGAACUACAAGAAUAAGUUUGAAAAGGGGAUGAUCAACGAGUUCACUGUGGAGGCGGUGGAUUUGGGCGAACUGGUAAAGCUACGAAUUGGACACGACAACUCGGGGGGUUCAUCAGGUUGGUUCUUGGACUGGGUGGAGGUAGACGCCCCCUCACAGGGUCAGAGAUUGCGUUUCCCAUGUGGCCGCUGGUUAGAUAAAGGAGAGGACGAUGGGGCCAUUGUGAGGGACCUCUAUCCUGCUGAUUUACAGACCGAACUGUACAUGCCAUUUGUGCCGUACGAGAUCAAGAUAUUCACCAGUGAUGUGUUUGGCGCUGGAACAGACGCUGAUGUGUUCAUAGUUUUAUAUGGACGUAACGCACUGUGCACACAGCAGAAGUACCUGUGUGUCAACAAGAGAGAGCGACGUCUGUACUUUGAGAGGGGAGCUGAGGAUAUGUUUAUCGUGGAGCUGGAGGAUAUCGGUGAUGUUAUCGAGAAAAUCAGGAUAGGACAUGACAACAGGGGCUCUAACCCAGGGUGGCACCUGGACAGAGUGGAGAUCAGACGACAGCUCAGGAAAGGAAAGGGUUCAGAGACGACUAUUUUCCCAUGUGAGUGCUGGCUCGCCAAGUCUGAGGAUGAUGGGGAGACGGUGAGGGAGCUGGUCCCCUCGGAGAUCAUCACAGAGAAACUCCUCAGGGAUGGGAAGCUGAAAACCACUGAAGUAGAGGUGGAGGACGCUUUGGAAACUCACGCAUACAAUGUGACAGUGAGGACAGGUGAUAUGUACAGAGCAGGAACCGAUGCCAAUGUAUUUCUCACCAUUUACGGAGACCUCGGAGACACAGGAGAGCGCAAACUGGCCAAAUCUGAAAACAACAAGAACAAGUUUGAGAGAGGAGAGGUGGACAAAUUCACUAUUGAGGCUGUGGACUUGGGCCAGGUUUUUAAAAUUCGUAUUCGCCAUGACAACUCCAUGGCAGGGGCUGAUUGGUACCUGGACCAGGUGGAGGUGCUGGAUUUAGAAACAGAGGAGGUGUAUAUGUUCCUUUGUGAGCGCUGGCUGUCGACCAAGAAAGAGGACAAACGCAUUGAGAGGACCUUCUUUGUCAAGGGGUAUGAAGGUGAAAGAAGUUCUGAUCCAUACUCCAAGAAGAUCGCUCAGGCCAAACUGGGGCUGGACAGAAACGCCAACAAGAAGAAAAAGAAGAAAAAGGUGGCAGUGGUGGAUGAGGGUCCAAUCAUCCCCUAUCAUUUCACCGUAUCCACGGGGAUGGACCGAGACGCCAGCACCACAGCGAGGGUCUUUGUCAUCAUCAUCGGCCCCAGCGAUGUGGAGACAGACCGGAUGUGGCUGGACCUGCCGGAGGGGAAGAAAGCCUUCACAGCAGGCACCAUGGAGCACUUUGUGUGCUAUGGAACUGACGUAGGAGAGAUCAAGAGGGUGGAACUUGGCCAUAACGGUGUCACACCAGAGAGCUGCUGGUUGGCGGAUGAGCUGUCGGUUGCCGUGCCAACCAAAGGUAUCAAGUACAUCUUUCCAUGUAAGUGCUGGCUGGCUAAAGACAGGGGAGAUGGUCUGACUGCCAGGCUGUUCAAUGUGCUGGACUCCAGCACCAUCAACAUUAUCCGCAAAGUUAUUUAUUCAGCAACAGUUGUCACAGGUGAUACUCAGUAUGCAGGCACUGAUACCAACAUUUUCCUCACCGUGUUCGGAGCCAACGGAAGCACAGAGGAAAUGCUGCUGCCAAAAAACGAGGACAGGUUUGAAAGAGAUCAAGAAGACACGUUCAGUCUGGAGAUCGACGACAUCGCUCCUCUGAAAAAGAUCAGAGUCCGCAUUGACGCCACUGGAAGUCGCCCGGACUGGUUUCUUGACAGGAUCCUGAUGCGGAACCUGACCACAGAGGAGGUGUAUCUGUUUACAUACGAGAACUGGCUGUCAAAAACAAAAGGACCGAAAACUAAAGUGUGCGAGCUGGCUGCUGUGGUGGAUGAGGAGGAGAUGGUGGAGAAAACAACCUACAUCAUCCAGGUUCAGACCAGUGAUGUCGGAGGUGCUGGCACUGAUGCCAAUGUGUCCGUGAUAGUGUUUGGGGAGUUCGGCGACACGGGGAUGCUGCCUUUGAAGGAGAGCUCCAACAGGAACAAGUUUGAGCGUAAAAUGAAAGACGUGUUCAGAUUCCCUGACAUACUCAGUCUGGGUGAGCUGUCCAAGGUCCGAGUGUGGCAUGACAACAAAGGCCUGGCUCCUGGUUGGCACCUGGAGUACAUUGACGUGAAAGAUGAGACCAUGGACCAGACCUUCAGGUUCCCCUGCGACCGCUGGUUAGCUAAAAGUGAAGACGACGGGCAGAUCAUGAGGGAGCUGGCCUGUGCCAACAACGACUCUUUAGACCUCAGUGAAAAAACCAAAUAUGAAAUUGCCACAAUAACCGCGAACACGGACGAUGCCUCCACCACGGAAAAUGCCUGGAUUGUUCUGGAAGGAAGGAAAGCUCGCUCCAAAGAGUUUGUCCUGGAGAAUAAGAAAAAGAAGUUCUUAAAUGGUGCCACUGACACGUUUGAGUUCUCAUCAAAGCACGUGGGAGAGAUUGCCGGCAUCUGCCUUGGCCACGUGACAAAAGACGGAAAGAAGGUGAAGAAGGAAGCGCUCUGGCACGUCAUGGAGGUGGUGGUGACAGAAAUGGAGCUGGGAAACAAGUAUUUCUUCCACUGUGACGCACAAAUCCCCCUGGCUGCCAAGAAAGACCACUUCCUGACAUUUGAGUGCUACAAGUCCGUCGAGAGCUUCGCGAGCAAAGUGCGCAACCUCGUCCCCGUCAAGUAUGAAAUCAUCGUCAUCACCGGGGAUGUGAAAAAGGGCGGCACAGACGCCAACGUUUUCAUCACCAUUUACGGCGUCAACGGUGACUCAGGCAAGCGUCAUCUGCGUCAGAAGUUCCGUAACCUUUUCGAACGAGGCCAAACGGACCGCUUCGUCCUGGACAUGCUGGACCUCGGGGAGCUGCUGAGGGUCAAAGUGGAGCACGACAACGAAGGCUCAAACGGUGGGUGGUAUUUAGAGUGUGUGGAGGUGACCAACACCGCCAACUCAGUGACAACCAUCUUCCAGUGUGGAAAGUGGCUGGACCCUUAUAAGGCCGACGGGCAGAUUCAGCGAGUGCUCUACCCAAGAUAUUAGGAGGAGGACAUGAGACACGGAGAGUGGGUGAGCAUUCACUUGAAGACAUUUGGUAACUUUUGGACUUUUUUUUUUAAUGCAUUUGAAAGGAGUCACUUUAAGUCUUAUUGUACCACAUGUUUUUUCACCAGUUUUCAUUUGUAAGUUUGUGCCAACUGUUUAGGUUGCCCUUCUUCUAACAAAACAAAAAGCCAUUUUAUACCAUCUUUAAAUAAACUCAAAAGCAGAACCCAAAGCAAAGAAUCCAACAAA